AAUAAGCAAAUUUCUAAAACCCUAACAUAAGCCCUAAUUCGAUUUUGGGGGAAGUUUGAGCGAAAAUCUCAGAAGGGGAAGUGAUGGCAGAAGCAACGCAAUCGGUCGAUGUUAAGAAUAUCGGUAGGAAACGGAAAUCUGGGAAAAAGAAGGGGAUAAUGGCGAAGAAAAGGCAAAGAAUGCAUCAAGGUGGUGAAAAGAAGGUCAAAAUUAAUCCGAAAACGAGGAAAUUGUAUCAGAAAAGGGCUAGGGACUACAAUUCCGAUGAUACAGAAGAAGAUGAAGAGCCCCAGCAAGCUCCCAGUGCAGUUGCAGUUGACGAAUCCAAGCAAAUUGGUGAUGGAUUUGACGACGGCGGUGAUGAAGAGGAUGAAGGGUUUGGGGGAGAGGAGGAGGGAGAAGUUUCGGAAGACGAAAGCGGUAAAAUUCAGCCAGGGAUUGUGAGGUUUUCCGAGGGGAUUAAGGCGUUUAAGUCGGCGUUUAAGAAGAUUGUUAAGAAGAGUGGUGGAGAUGAGGAUGUGUUGGGCCCUGUGUUGUCUGCUAAUAAGAAGCUGAUAGCUGAGAAGCUUGCUGAAGAGGAUUUGGAAAAGAAAGUGAAGGGGGAGGCGAAGAAGGAGAGACACAUAAUAAGCGAGAAGGGGCACGUGAAGCCUGCAGACUAUUUGGAUGCUCAUGAGAAACUUCUGUUGGGAGUGGCAACUAAAGGAGUGGUGAAGUUGUUCAAUGCUGUAAACAAGGCCCAGAAUGCUCAGAAAGGUCUAAAUCCUUUAAGAACUAAGGACGAGAAAGUAAUAAAACAACGAAGGAAGGAAGCCUUCUUCUCAGAGUUGGGCAGGACAUCGACCCAAGCAGCAGCGACAGUUAUCAAGGUUGGCUCCUCAAGUGGCCCUGGGGCCGUUGAAGCUCCUGCAUGGGCCCCUCUGCGUGACAAUUAUAUGCUGACAAACCCCAAGUUGAAAGAUUGGGAUAAGAUGCAGGAUGCCAAUGCUGCAGAUGACUUUGGCCGGACAUCAGAUGCUGAUUCUUCAUCAGAUGACAGUGAUGCAUAAAGUUAGAUUAUUAAUCUACGGUGAACUGCUCAAGUUGGAAGAAGCUGUGCGGUGCUCCACUGUCUUGACUUGUUAGACGAUCUACUUUGAACACUUCCCCGAGUAAAGAAAUUGAUGAUCCCGAGCUGGUUUAGGGGGAAGAAAAUUGGCAGGACACUUCCAUGUUCUAUGUUGUAGGUCACUCCAUGUUACAUAAAAUUAUUGAUUCUGUUUUGUUGAGUUUAUGGCAUCUCCAGAAAUAUAGUUUUGAUAUUGUAACAAGCAAUGUUUCUGGGUAUUCCUAAUUAAUACUCCAUGAAGGAUACAGAGAUUUAUUUAACAUUA